UCAUACUCACUUCCUCUCCUUUCCAGAUACUCAUUUCCUCUCAUCUUCAUCCUCCUCCUCCGCCUUCUAUGGCCGUUGUCCGUGACCGCCGCCAGCUCAAUCUCCGCCUUCCUUUACCUGAACCCUCCUCACGCCGGCCUCGUUUCCCUUUACCGAUCCCUCCUCCUAUCUCAACCACCGCUGCUGCUGCUGCUACUACUACAAACACUACUGCUUCUUCCGCAGCAAAUAUCUCUUGCAACGAUCUCGAAAAGCUCCAUGUUAUAGGCCACGGGAAUGGUGGCACUGUUUACAAAGUGCGUCAUAGAAAGACUUCCCAGGUCUACGCUCUGAAAGUGGUCCAUGCUGACACGGACGACGCUCUUGUUCGCCGCCAGGUCUUUCGCGAAAUGGAAAUCCUCCGCCGUACGGAUUCUCCUUAUAUUGUUCACUGUCAUGGUAUUUACGAGAAGCCGACAGGUGAUAUAGCUAUUUUAAUGGAGUAUAUGGAUUUGGGUACUCUUGAUACACUUUCGCAGAAAGAGGGUACUUUCAGUGAAUCUAAACUUGCCCAUAUAGCUCGGCAGGUUCUAAACGGAUUGAAUUAUUUGCAUACCCACAAAAUAAUACAUCGUGAUAUUAAGCCUUCUAAUUUGCUAGUGAAGAAAGGUAUGGAAAUGGAAGUGAAGAUCAGUGACUUUGGUGUUAGUAAAAUUAUGUGUAGAACUCUAGAUGCUUGUAAUUCUUAUGUGGGUACCUGUGCUUAUAUGAGUCCUGAACGCUUCGAUCCUGAUACUUAUGGAGGCAACUAUAAUGGAUAUGCUGCUGAUAUAUGGAGCUUGGGGCUCACUUUACUGGAACUUUAUUUGGGUCAUUUCCCAUUUCUUACGCCGGGACAGAGACCCGAUUGGGCUACCCUUAUGUGCGCUAUAUGCUUCGGUGACCCGCCGAGCUUGCCGGAGAAUUCGUCGGAAGAGUUCAGGAGCUUCGUUGAGCGCUGCUUGCAGAAGGAGUCCAGUAAGAGGUGGACAGCGUCUCAGCUACUGUCACACCCCUUUGUAUGUAAAGAUCUAAGAUCCGACAGAUGAAACCGGAAACUUGACCCGAAAACCCUUCACCUGAGUUUCUGUAUAUAAACGGCCGGAUCUGAAAAUGUUUUUAGUUUUUUUUUUUUUUUUUGUACAUUCUCUUGUAAGGUAGAAUCAAAUUUUACCUUUUUUAUUCAAUUUUUAUUCCAUCAAAGCAGUGAUUUUCUUUUA